UUUCCAAACCUGCCCAGUAGUCUCAAUCACUUGGAGAGGUUUUUUUCAUAGAAGGUACUGAAUUGGAAUCCUCAGUAGUGGGAAGUGUAAUUCUGUAUCCCAAACCAAAAGCAACUCCUAAUGUGCUCUUACUUUAAUGAAAACCUGACUCUGUCCUGAAGAUGUUGCUCCCUUCACCCCCCUUGAUGGGCUGGAUCUUUGCCUUACCCACCAGGCCUGGGCCAGGAGAUAGGAUUGGGUCCUCCUAGCUCCCAGCUACUCAUGCUCUGUUGAGACUCUGGAUGUGCCAUCCUUUCUGUCCCCUGUGGAACGGUGCCUGAGCUUCUGGUGACUGAUUCUGUAAGUCUUAGCCUUCCUCUCCACCUAGCUCAGGUCACCCUUCCUGUGGCUUCAGGGCCCACAUGCUGCAGUGUCACAGUCUACUCUGGUCUCCAGCAAACUCUCUUGAACCUUGCUUUCCACGACUGCUGCCAGGACCCUCUCCUUACAAGGGUCAAAGUCAAAAUAACAAUGUGCAGACAAGGCUCUAAAUUUAAUGUUUUAUUUGGGAAGAAAGAAUUGCAGUGUCAGUCAUCCAUACAAGCUGGGUGGUCUUUGGUAUGUCUGAAGAACGAAGAGAAGGUUUGAGGUUUUGCUGAAAAAGAAGAAAUGUUACAUACUCUGCUGGGAGAAGGUUUCUUGGUACUGUCAGGGCUUGGGGAGCUGGCAAGCAAUGACUGGUGAGUGAAGGUGGUGGCAAAAUUAGUCUUGGAGUUGCAGCAAGUGGUCUCAGAAGCUGGAGAUAAAACUGGUUUCAGGCUACAACAAGCAGUUCCAGCAGUUGGGCUUGCAGACAAUUACAUUCUUGAGCAACGUUUUAUACCCUGAGUGCUUUUCCUACCUGGCUACUGUUUUAGUUUGGUAGGACAACAGUGGCCCAUUUCGGAUGAUCAACGGUAACGCGAGUAACCGCACCUCUCCAAGAUCUCCAGGCUGUCCAGCUUGGCCUCCCCAGGCCUCCUCCUCACUCCCUUCUCACUGCUGUGGCUGUGCCUCCUGGCAUCGUUUCCCUGCUUGGUCCGCUGCGAGCCACUCUAGGACGGACACUUUCCCAUCACCAAUUUUCCUUGGAAUUGGACAGAUGGCAGCCACCAUAAUGAUACUAUAUGUGUCCAAGCUAAACAAAAUAAUUCACUUCCCUGAUUUUGAUAAGAAAAUUCCUGUAAAGCUGUUUCCUCUGCCUCUCCUCUACGUUGGAAACCACAUAAGUGGAUUAUCAAGCACAAGUAAAUUAAGCCUGCCGAUGUUCACCGUGCUCAGGAAAUUCACCAUUCCACUUACCUUACUUCUGGAGACCGUCAUACUCGGGAAGCAGUAUUCGCUCAACAUCAUCGUCAGUGUCUUUGCCAUCAUUCUCGGGGCUUUCAUAGCAGCUGGGUCUGACCUUGCUUUUAACUUAGAAGGCUAUAUUUUUGUAUUCCUGAAUGAUAUCUUCACAGCAGCAAAUGGAGUUUAUACCAAACAGAAAAUGGACCCAAAGGAGCUAGGGAAAUACGGAGUGCUCUUCUACAAUGCCUGCUUCAUGAUUAUUCCAACUCUUAUUAUUAGUGUCUCCACUGGAGACCUGCGACAGGCUACUGAAUUCAACCAAUGGAAGAAUGUUCUGUUUAUCCUACAGUUUCUUCUUUCCUGUUUUUUGGGGUUUCUGCUGAUGUACUCCACGGUUCUGUGUAGCUAUUACAAUUCAGCCUUGACGACAGCAGUGGUUGGAGCCAUCAAGAAUGUAUCCGUUGCCUACAUUGGGAUGUUAAUCGGUGGAGACUACAUUUUCUCUUUGUUAAACUUUGUAGGAUUAAAUAUUUGCAUGGCAGGGGGCUUGAGAUACUCCUUUUUAACACUGAGCAGCCAGUUAAAACCGAAACCUGUGGAUGAAGAAAACAUCCGUUUGGAUUUGAAGAGCUAGAGUCUGUGGCAGGAUUGGAGACUGACUUGUGACUGGGGGCUGGGGGCAUUCCCAGUGGGAAUGUGAAGCCAGAGGUUUCAGAUUCGUGACAUCCACCCCCUGGGCAAGCAAGAGCAUCUGCAAAAUGCAAAGAGAACUACCUCAUACGCAUGCACGAUGAGCCAAUGGCAGUCCCGAGAAAUGUACUUGGGCCACGCCUUACCGGUGGAAAGCAAAUCUUUUCAAAAUAAGCCACUGGGACUCGGUAGGUGGAGCCCCAGCUGCUCUUCGAGGGACCUGCGGGGCCUUCGUGGCAUCUCUGUGCCAUGUGCUGGCAGGAGGUUGAUGUGAUGGUGACUGUUUUCUGAUCAACACCUUGGCCGUGAUUCGCAAGGUCCCAGCCAAAGCAAAGGGCUGGUGGUUUCAGUUUAGACAGACAUGUCUUUAUUCUAAUAAAAUUAGUUCACUGCCAGUAAUUUGUUAGCUUUGAUGAAAGCUAUGUUGCUAUCUUUUCCUAAUCAUCAAAGUAAAUAAAAAAUCAUUUCUAUGUA